AUGAAUUCUCACCAUAAUACAUAUACAGGCGAUGAUUUAAAUGAUGGUUUAGAAUAUGAUUUUGAUGGAGACAUUGUAUCUGAACAGGAAGAGCAAACUGCCACUGAUUCACAUCUUGACAACAAGAGACCUAAUGAAGGUAGCGAUGACGAAGAUGAAGAAGAAAAAAGUCAAUUGAGCAAAAGAAAAAAGAAAAAACAAUCUUCUAAACUGCAUGAGAAAAAACUAGAAAAAUUGAAAUUUGAUAUUAAUCAGAGGCGUUCUUUAUUUAACAAAACGCCUCAAGAAAUUGUUGAUUAUUUAGCCACUUUGAUCAGAGGAAAAAACCCAAACUUAAGUGCCAUUGAACUGGACGAGCUAUAUUUUAAAAAAUCAGAUUUCCUUAAUAUUUCGUGGGAUAAACAAGCAGAUAAUAUUGAGCUGCACGACUUGACUUUAUUGCCAGAUUUUGUUGUACAAUAUUUGAAGGCACCCAAAGUGAUAGUAUUUGCAUUAUCCAAUGUACGUGUUGCUGAUAUUUACAGAACUUUGAACAAUCCAAAUAAAUUUGGAGGGAAAGCAAUCAAAUUAUUUUCUAAGAACAAGCUGAAACAAGAUUUAGAUAUGCUAACUAAAAUUUCAUCCGGCUUGAAUAAUACAACAAUUGACAGUGCCAAAAAGAAUAACACAACUAACAAAAAAAAUAAUAACAAACUUUUGCAAAAGAACAAAGAACAAAAGAACAUUAUUGGUAAUAAUAUUAGAUUUUUGAUUGCUACACCAAAUAGAAUGCAAAAAAUUAUAGAAAAUACCAACUGUCUAUUUGAGGGCAAAGAUAAAUUGGACAUACUUAUUGAUUCCAGCUAUUUGGACUCUAAGACAAAUUCAAUUUUUACAUCGGAUGAUGGCAUGGUGUUGUGUAAAGUAUUAAAAGAGUUUCUAAACAAAAAAAGUUCGGUAAGAAUUGUUUUAUUUUAA